GCUGAUGGAGGAGGAGGAUGGCAGCUCAGCAUGUCCAGUAACGGAACCCGCGCAGAAAGCAGAACCGCCGCCGGUUCGGUCCAGCUGCCGGCCAUGGAGAGAGCGCGGCCCAUCACGGUGAAGGUGUCCGCGGUGAGCCUGGCGCUCAGCUCGCUGUCCCUGCUGCUGCUGGUCACCGCCAUCUCCACCGACCACUGGUACCAGACCGACACCCGCAGGCACAAGCAGAACUGCGACGGUUCCGACUCCAACGACCAGAAGAACCGGGAGAUGCCCAUCUACCACCUGCCGCUGGUGGACACCGGCGGCGCCGCGGCCCGGCAGCGGGACGUGGCGCUGAUGAAGCCCGUGCAUGUGGGCAGCAGGGAGGAGGAGCUGCUGGAGAACUGGCGGGCCAUCCUGGGGAUGGGCAUCCUGGAGACGGAGUGCGGCAGGCCGCUGUUCUCCACGCACUCCGGCCUCUGGAGGAAGUGCUACUUCAAGGGACUGGACCCGGACAUCGACAAGCUGAUCGACCGGGGUAUCGCAGAUCGCUGCACAGCUGUGAAGUACCACUUCUCUCAGCCAAUCAGAUUAAGGAACAUCCCUCUGAACCUGACCAGGACCAUCCAGCAGGACGAGUGGCACCUGCUGCAUCUGCGGCGCAUCACGGCCGGCUUCCUGGGAAUGGCCGCCGCCGUCCUGCUGUGCGGGAGCAUCGUGGCGUCGGUCGGCUUCUUCUGGGAGGAGAGUCUGACGCAGCACGUCUCCGGCCUGCUCUUCCUGAUGGCAGGGAUCUUCUGCACCAUUUCUCUGUGCACGUAUGCAGCCAGCGUGACCUACGACCUCUCCAGGAACCCGCCCUUCAUCUACGGCCUCCCGUCCGAUGUGGACCACGGCUACGGCUGGUCCAUCUGCUGUGCCUGGGCCAGCCUGGGUCUGACCGUCGCCUCCGGCUGCCUCGGAACCGCCUUCCCUUUCCUCAGCCGGGCCGGCGCACUCGGAUCCAAAACGGCCCGAGAAUCCUCCGUGUGAUCAGCCGGAACCGGCAGCGAGACUUUGGACCUCAGGUGGACAGACUCACCUGUCUGUGGAUCCUUUGUGUAGGUAGCGCCCCCUGGUGGAGGUAAACUAAGGAAGUGUUAAGUGAAUCCAGUUGGAUACUGACCACUGCAGAUUUUCAGGCGAUCAGCUAUGACAUCAGAGGUGGGUGGCCACACGAGAUGAGGCUCCUCACAGUUUCUCCUGAGAGCUUUUAUUUUGGAGGAUGAGGAAUGUUUUUCAUUCCACUGGGUUUCCCACGACUCAGAUCUGGAUUUGUUAAAAAUCACAGCUUGUUAACACCUCUAGACCCGUUAACUAGACUCGUUAACUGACUCGUUAACUAGACCCGUUUAACUAGACUUGUUAACUGACCCGUUAACUAGACUUGUUAACUGACUCAUUAACUGACUCGUUAACUAACUCGUUAACUAGACCCGUUAACUAGACUUGUUAACUGACUCAUUAACUGACUCGUUAACUAACUCGUUAACUAGACCCGUUAACUAGACUUGUUAACUGACCCGUUAACUAGACUUGUUAACUGACUCAUUAACUGACUCGUUAACUAACUCGUUAACUAGACCCGUUAACUAGACUUGUUAACUGACUCAUUAACUGACUCGUUAACUAACUCGUUAACUAGACCCGUUAACUAGACUUGUUAACUGACCCGUUAACUAGACUUGUUAACUGACUCAUUAACUGACUCGUUAACUAACUCGUUAACUAGACCCGUUAACUAGACUUGUUAACUGACUCAUUAACUGACUCGUUAACUAACUCGUUAACUAGACCCGUUAACUAGACUUGUUAACUGACCCGUUAACUAGACUUGUUAACUGACUCAUUAACUGACUCGUUAACUAACUCGUUAACUAGACCCGUUAACUAGACUUGUUAACUGACUCAUUAACUGACUCGUUAACUAACUCGUUAACUAGACUCAUUAACUAGACUCGUUAACGUCUCUGGACUCGUUAAUUUGAUUCAUUAAUUUGUGGAGUUACUGGACUCAGUAAUUCGACUCGUUAACGUUUAUGGACUGUGGUGUGUGAAUGUGAUUGGAUGAAACAAACAUCUCCAGUGAGCGCGCUCAGAAGUUUCAGUCUGCAGAUUGAAGCGGGCCAUUGGUUACUAAAGAACCGGACCUGCAGAACGAACCUGAAACUCAGCAGCUCCUGUCCAGAAUUCCGUUGCUCGGGUCCGGUUCCAUCAGCCCGGCCUGAAGGUGAGCAAACUGGGACCUGACUGGGUCAAUGGGUUGGUUGGUUCUGGUUGGAGAAGCCCAGAGAUUGGUUCUGUGAACGUUGGACCACAGCCUGGAUGUAAAUACUGUAAAUGUUCUGAUCCGGUAUUAUUCUGCAGCUGUGUUCUGAUAGUUCUGAUCAUUCAGCUACUGAGCCACAAACUGGAAGGAACCAAUCGGACCGUACCAGUUUCGAGGUCAGAGACUUUAUGGGUCAGAAAAAACUUAACUGGAUUCAGUCCACUGACCACCCAGGAUCUGCCUGAUCCAUGACGGAAUCCGUUCCAGAACCCGAUUGCCCAGAGACUCUCUGACCUGUUGAUGUCAGCAGUAACCGAUCCUCAGAGAACCACAGAACCUUGUGCUAAUAACACCCGAAAACCCCCGCUGGGUUCUGCUGCCCCCUGCCGGGUUCUGCUGCCCCCCGCUGGGUUCUGCUGUCCCCUGCCGGGUUCUGCUGCCCCCCGCCGGGUUCUGCUGCCCCCCGCUGGGUUCUGCUGUCCCCUGCCGGGUUCUGCUGCCCCCGCUGGGUUCUGCUGUCCCCCACCGGGUUCUGGAUCUGCUGAUGUCAUUCUGAGAUUUAUCUGUAAAUAAAUGAUGUAACGCCUCCAUGUGA